CGUCAGCGGAUUGGAUGUAAAAAGUGAAACUUGUGGCUGUUGAAAAGCAAUCUGAAAAAUAACAUAAAACACACACAUUGGAAAGUUCCUUCAAAAUUCAAAGCCCGAAAUGUUGUUCCUCACCGCCCGAGUGGAGCACACGGCGGAGCAGAUCUUCAAGAUCAAGCAACUGAGGCAGCUGGUGGAGAGGUGCGAGGACCUUCAGGUGGGCACGGAGGACACGCUGCUGACCAAGUUCCUGCACUACACGCGCUGGGACACGAUCAAGGCCUACCAGGCGAUCCACGCCUACUAUGACUUCAAGAGGCGCCAUCCCACCUGGGUGGCCCGCCAUCCCAUCGAGCACUACCGGGAGCUCUUCUUUGGGACGCACUGCCGCUACCUAAUGCCCCAGGUGGACCGCCAUGGGAGGGUUCUGGUGGUCUUCAAGACGGUGGACGGGUUCCAGGACUAUCCGGAUUACCUGCAGAGCCUCGUCGAGAUGGACGACCUGAUCUUCGAGUCACUGCUGCUGCUGCCACGCGUCCAGGAGAACGGCAUCACGGUCAUUUGUGACCUCCAAGGGACAACGCGGAACUUUUUGCGACAGUUUUCGCCAGCCUUUAUGAAAUUGGUGAACGAAAAGAACGGAGUCCUGCCUUUCAGCCAGCGAAUCGUGCAUAUUAUCCAGCGCGGCUUUCUUAUGCACGUGACCUCCACACUCUUUAUGCCCUUCAUGAGCAAGGAAUUCAAGGAAAGGAUCUUCACCCACGAUGGACGGCAUCUCAGCAAGCUGCGUGAAAUGAUUGGCUAUGAAAGUCUGCCCGCGGAUUAUGGCGGUCCUCCCACGAAUGUCCUGGAUACGAAUUUGAUUUUCAAUCAUUUAAGCCAAAACGCGGAGUAUUUGGAAAAGCUGCAGACUUACGGGAAGCUAUAGGAAAAUACAUAAGAAUAUUGUUAGCUAUUUAAUCUGUUGAAAAUCAACCAAAUAUAUAACAAAUUUAUUAA